AUGCCUGCAGGACUACAUGAUGCCACCCAGCUGGCCUUUCCUGCUGGUCUUUGCAGUGUUGGCAAGCGCGUUGCUGGUGGUGGGCAAUUUCAUCUUCCCUGGCAAGAAGGACGGCUUGAAACCACCGGUCGCAGUUGUGCCAGACUGAGAAAGUCUCACGCCGAGGGAUCUCUACAACAUUUCCGCCAAUACGCUGCUGCCUUAGUCGCCAUGUUUGCAUCGUCGUGGCAAACGCUGGAUCCGGAUGAUCCCAACAUCAAGGGAAAGAACUGGGAGGCGGUUGAGAAGGCACUGCGACAAAGAGAUGCCUUUGCUGCGUCACUGAACGGUCAUGACAUUGACGCCACGGAACCCCGGGGUCCGACUUUCGAGGAGCCUUGCAAUCCCUUGUACAGCACCUUCCCGUGGGAAGAGAAGGUGGAUGAUUUCAACAAACCAGCAUCCUGUAGCCACAAGAACUGGAAACAUCAGUGCUUGAAGUACAAGCUGGGCACGCAAUGCGCCACACUUCAGAUGGACGCAGGUGAUGGCGAGAAUGGCCUCAAUCCAGCGAUGCUGGACGCAUUUCAGGAUGCCAUCAUGGACCUUCAGGACAGGAGUGAGGUUCGAGUGGUCAUUCUAAAGUCAACUGGGAAGUUCUUCUCCAAUGGCUUCGACCCGAAGCACCUCCUUGCUGAGUCCAGCAUGUCCGAUGAGGACAUCAUUGCAUUUCAGAUUCAAUACGCCAAGAUCCUUUACUUUUUGCAGAGCCUGGUGGCUCAGAGCCGUGGCCAGUUAGUAACCGUCGCGGGUAAUGUCAGCCGCAUCGUGCAGCUCCCUGGUGAAGCAACAAGGUGGGCCGUUUGGGCGUUGCCAUGUCAACGAG